ACCCAUCCUGGAGUCAUUGUGAGGAUUAAAUGAGUUCCUAGUUGUGAAGUGCUUUGUACAGCAGCUAACAUUCUACAUGUGUCAGCUACUAUUUUACCCAGGAGAAAGCUUUACAGGGUACUUGGGUAUCUCUAACAUCUGGCACCUGCUAACCUUCUAUGUUACCAAGAGAGCAGGCAACACUGUCCAGCUGGAAUUUAGUAACAUUUUGUUCUGGCUUUAUUCUUUAGGCUCUCUUCUGUCAUGGCAAGUGAUACUGGCCUUCUAGUUACAAUAUUGAUAUGGGUAAACUGUAAAUUUAAAGCUUAAAGAAAAACUUUAAUACUAAUGAGAUUUGAAGAUCUGACAAAAUUCUUCAAGGCGGUACCCAGUGUCUGGAGUGUGGCAAACCUGGUGAGCUCAUGCUCCGCAUCUUCUCUGAGCUCAGGCAACAGGACAGAGCACACUCCACACCAGCGGGCUGGCAUUCCUCCACCUCGCCUUCCUGUCUCCUCCUCAGUCCCACGGUAACUGCCACCUGCUUUCCCUUUUUGCCCUGUUAGAUUCUCGGCGGACUGCCAAAGCCACCCUGGGUCCCCUGAGCCCUUUCUGGGGCGGGCCUUGGCAGCAGAUGAAAGACUGACGGCCACCCUUUAUCUCAACCUCGUGACCCGGGCUAGCGGGCUCGGGCCCCAGCGGGGCGGGGGAUCUUGUUGACCGCGCCCUCUGCCCUAUGGCCUGACCCUCCUCAAACUCCCUCCGCGCCCCCGGCCGCGCCCCGCCCCUGGCAGGCCCAACCCUGCCCCGGGGCAGGUUAAGAGCCCCCAGAGCCGGGAGCUCACAACAGACGGUCACUCGAGGGGGGGCGAGCAAGUUUGGUUGUCAUGGCGACGACACUGUUGGCCUGGACCCUGCGGGCUGCAGCAGGCGGGAGGCUGCGCGGCCCGAGAGGCACUGAGGGCGCCCGGGGGCUGAGCAGCAGCGCACAGCGGCGGGUGGCCAGGGGCGCCAGCCCGGGACGCUGGCUCAGCACCGCCUGGGCGCCGGCCCAGCCCGCACGGGAGGAGGCCCAGAGUGCUGAAGACGAUGCCCACUCACCUGCCACGAAGGAGCCGCCGUGGACAGAGCCCCCCGUGCCCCCGGUGCCCCCCGGUCCCCCUGGGCGAGUGGCCGGCCGCUCGCUGGUGCAGCGGGACAUCCAGGCCUUCCUAAACCAGUGCGGGGCCAGCCCCGGGGAGGCGCGCCACUGGCUCUCGCAGUUCCAGACCUGCCAUCACUUUGGAGACAAGCCCUUCGCUGUCAUCGAGGUGGACGAGGAGGUUCUCAAGUGCCGGCAGUCGGUAUCCAGCCUGGCCUUUGCCCUGGCCUUCCUGCAGCGCAUGGACAUGAAGCCGCUGGUGGUGCUGGGGCUGCCCAAUCCCACGGCUCCCUCGGGCUGUCUUUCCUUUUGGGAGGCCAAGGCACAGCUUGCCCAGUGCUGUAAGGUCCUGGUGGACGAGCUGCGGCACAAUGCCGCCACUGCCGUACCUUUUUUUGGCGGCGGUUCGGUGCUGGGCGCUGCUGAGCCAGCCCCUCAUGCCAGCUAUGGUGGCAUAGUCUCGGUGGAGACCGACCUGCUACAGUGGUGCCUGGAGUCGGGCAGCAUCCCCAUCCUGUGCCCCAUCGGGGAGACGACCGCGCGCCGCUCUGUGCUCCUGGACUCCCUGGAGGUGACCGCGGCGCUGGCCAAGGCGCUGCAGCCCACCAAAAUCAUCUUUCUGAAUACCACAGGCGGCCUGCGCGACAGCAGCCACAAGGUCCUGAGUAAUGUGAACCUGCCUGCCGACUUGGACCUGGUGAGCAGCGCCGAGUGGGUGCGCACCAAAGAACGGCAGCAGAUGCGGCUCAUCGUAGACGUGCUCAGCCGCCUGCCCCACCACUCCUCGGCUGUCAUCACUGCCGCUAGCACGCUGCUCACGGAACUCUUCAGCAACAAGGGGUCCGGGACCCUGUUCAAGAACGCCGAGCGGAUGCUGCGAGUGCGCAGCCUGGACAGCCUGGACCAGAGCCGCCUAGUGAACCUGGUCAACGUCAGCUUCGGCAAGGAGCUCCGAGGCGACUAUUUGGCUUCGCUGCGCCCGCGGCUGCACUCUGUCUACGUCUCUGAGGGGUACAACGCAGCCGCCAUUCUGACCACGGAGCCCGUACUGGAGGGUACUCCAUAUCUAGACAAGUUUGUGGUGAGCUCCAGCCGCCAGGGUCAAGGCUCCGGCCAGAUGCUGUGGGAGUGCCUGCGGCGAGACCUGCAGACGCUUUUCUGGCGCUCCCGGGUCACCAAUCCCAUCAAUCCCUGGUACUUCAAACACAGUGACGGCAGCUUCUCCAACAAGCAGUGGAUCUUCUUCUGGUUUGGUCUGGCUGAUAUCCGAGACUCUUAUGAGCUGGUCAACCAUGCCAAGGGGCUGCCGGACUCCUUCUGCAAGCCAGCUUCUGACCCAGGCAGCUGACCCUCACCACCAGCCCUGCAGGCCCUGGGGCAGCCAGGGUGGACCAAAAGUCAUGCCUGCUGGAGGUGACCCCAGGCAGCCACAGGCUGGACCAGGCUUGUUGGCUGAGUGAUCUGCAGAGGAGGAAGACACAUUACUCUUCCCAGAGGGGGCACCCAAGUGGGGACAAGCACAGGAAGGAGAAGGGCCUGCUCAAGAUCCCCCCAGUUGCUCCAAAGCCACAACCAAAUGGCCUUCAAUUUUCAGUCUAGGGAUCUGGGAUUGCACGGAGAGGGAGGGAGAGGGGGAAGGGAAGGAGGGCUUGCAUUUGAGGGCUCUAUUCAGGGUUAACCAUAAGGGUGGGCCAGUUUCUGUGGCCUCUGUGUGAUUUUGAGGCUCCCUUGCCCAAAAUAUCACCCCUGUCUGCCUGAUAUUCCACCACUCGUUCUAAUUCCUUUGGGGCUUGCAACUUUUCAGGAGGCCUUGAUUAAAACACAAAUACUUG